AUGUCUAAGAGACAUGCCGAGCAGGCUUCCCUGAAUCAGUUGCAGCUUGAGAUUGAAAAGCUGCUCGAGGACAAGGCAAGAGCUGAAGCUAGAUUAGAGGCACUGGAACGAGACCAUGCUGAGGACCUCAACGCUCAGAUGCCAGCUUUGCCUGCACCUGCUCACCCUGAGAUGCUAUCCGUAUCUGAGGACCCUGGAGUCGUUUCCGGUCGCGAGGAGGCGGCUGUCAACUUCGGGGCUGCAAGUCACUCCUCAUUGUCCGUGGAAGAGGACCUACAGAUGGAAAACAUCUUGACGGUUCCGGGACGCGAUCAUGAGCGAAACCCGACACCAAUGAGCGAACUCAAUGCUUUUCAUACUACCGCGCCGCUCAAACCUAGGUCUACAGUGGAGCUUGCCACAGUCGUUUCAAAUUGGAAGUCAGAUUCGAUUUGUUCUGCUGAGAUUGACUCGCCUUUACAACGAAGAGAUAUUGAAGCUACAAGGACCGGUAGACCUACAGUUGUUCACCAUUCCGAAGCUCAAGCUGCAAUAUCUUCGUCAAGAUUGCAAUCCAGAUCUGAGAGCGAGAUGGGGAAGUUUCCUUAUCGUUCUGCUUCUCAUGAGCCUGAAACAGCAGAUUUUAUGGUCAAGCUGCACGAUGACUACACAGCUUGUUUGCGACAGCUUCAGGCAUUUCAAUCACAGCUCGAGCAAGCCUUACAGAACAUGUACAUCCCGACUGUCGGCAUUCCUGCUGUGAAGCCAGACCUAGACAUGCCAUCUAGACGCGAGAUGAUCGACGCUGUUCAUGUGGCCGCUCGCAAAACUUCCGAUUGUCUUGAUCAGCGUAUCCUCAAGACAUCGGUAAAACGAGGUUCUUCCCACGAGGCGCAGGAAGAAGCCAGAGCUAAACGAGGCGAGCGCUCAAUGAGACGACUCUUCGAUACGAAUGCAGAUCUUUAUGAUCACAACACACUAGUGGAGGACGAAGAACAGCCCAUUUCAGUCCAUCCGCUUGUUAAUCUGUCCAGCAAUCCUACGGAGGAGAAGGAGACUCUGAUUGACUUGGACAUGGGCGCAGCGGGACUAGAUUCACAGCCGACCUUCAACUUCGACUUUAGCGAUGCGCUGAGACUCAAAGCAGCAAGACCCAGCCGCUUGCCAUCGACAACGCCUAAUGAUGACGACAACGAAGAUCAUAACGAGUUUUAUGAUGGGCCAGACAAAGACACGCGACGAGCGUCCAAAGACUGGCAGUUUCCUCUCAGUACGAUGCCUGCCGAUAACCCCAGUCGACGCACACAGGACUGGACCUUUUCUAUGGCACAGCCCCAGGCCGCAAACUCCAAUGUCCAAGAGUGGUCGUUCGCUACAACUCAGGGGUCUUCGAGGGAAGAUUCAAACCACCAAAUAUCAGAUGAGACAUCCCCGACGGCAGAGGCAGUUGCCAACAAACCAAAUGCCAAACCAGACUUCCCAUUCUUUUUAGACGAGACGCCUGGGCAAAUAAACGACUUCCUACAUUCAUCAGAUACUCAGGGUGGAAGCUGGACACAAGGCUAUAAUCGCAGAAUGGACGCACACACAAGACAACAGCUUCUCGAUGGAUUACUCACAUCUACAGUUGCUUCAGGUAGCAGCAGAUCUUCUAGCGCAUCCCAGCUCAACGCAAGUGACCCGAUCAGAAAUACUGCCUCUGAAAUCGAGUCAGACAUAACAAGAAUCGUUGAUCAAGAAAACUUGCCAACCGUGAACGAUUUGUUGAGAAGGUGGACAAACCUGGAAGUACCGGCAUCGUGA